AUGCUCUUGAUGGUAAUUUUUGAUUUUUGAAACUUUUUGAUCAUGAAACUUGUCCUUUUUAGAAAUAGGAACAUGACUAAUAAUUUUUUUUGGAGAAAUGUUCCGCUUUGAAAAAACCAAUUAGAGAGAGGCGUUUUCUGAAAUUUCCUUCUUUUUUUCUUGAAUCUUAACUUGUUAAUAUUUUUGUGCAAAAUAGAGAAAGCUUCCAAAAAAAGGGAUAGGAUUCGAACUUGGAUCCUUUUGAGGGUGUUUUUGAAGUCUCGGGCUGCUCUAUGAGUUCUGAUCCAGUACAGGUCCCAAAUUCGUGUAUAUUCACCUUUUUUCAAUUUCAAAAACAACUCCAAGUUGAAAUAUGUUUGAUUUACAGCUGAAUAGAACAAUUAUGGAAACAAAUUUUUCAUUCAAAUUUUGAUCUCUUGUUCAAAAUAUACUCCAAUCAAAGUCAUCUGAACUUUUUCGUUAUCGUUUUAUUUAAGCUGGUUGAUCUUUAUCAAUUUUUGAUAUGGUUCUUACAUUUUUGAACAAUUUGUGCUCACUGGUGAGGUUAGGGAAACAAGAAAAUAGCGAGUAAACAUGAGAAUCGCCAGAAUUUUCUCCAAAACAUUGUCUUUUAACUCGGUAACGAAGACCAGACGCGCUACGGACGUUUCUGAGCAAUUCUAGGGAUCACUUAAGAGUCCUGACACUCCUAAAGUGGCCACUAGAAACACCCCGGUAAUCUGCGAAAGUUCGUGGAUGGAAAAGUUAGUAGUUGAUCAUCAUGGAAACUUAAAGGGCGUCAAAGACGACAGCAUGACCGGCGAGAACGGGGAAUCCCGGUCUCAGAAGAUGGGCCUGAUCGGCGCCAUCUCCUACAUCAUCGGCAACAUUGUCGGCUCCGGAAUCUUCAUCACUCCGACGUCCAUCACCAAGGAAGUGAACUCGGUUCGUAAAUGUUCAGGCUUUGUUAUUUUCUGUUCUUUACAAUUUGAAACUCGAAACAAGGCUCAAAUUGUCUUGAUUCCUGACCUUCUGACCAGAGAAUGGUCUCAACUUUCAUACACGAUUUGAAAUAGUUCAGUGUCGCAAAAAUGCUUUAGAUAAUAGUUUUGCUUGGAUAAAAAUGAUUCCAAAGGACAGUUAGACUUCAGAUUGAAACUAUACUUCGUUUCCUAUGCUGAUUUCGAUUCUGAACCUGAAAGUUUUCAAAGAAAGGUGUAAAAAAAGUUGUGAAGUCUCAAUGUUGAAAAAUCCACUCUUUUUCACCUCGUCCGCCUAAGAUUGAGCUUUUUUUUUGGACGAUAGAUAGAUAUGACCCCGGUGAUCUCUUAGAAUAAAGUUAUUGAUUGAAUUAUGAUUUUGUCAUGUUGGUCAUAUGCAUCCGUUUUUCCAACUUUUGAGCCUUAUGACUUCUUUCAAAAAGUUCCUAGAAGUUUUUUUUGAAAGCAGUAUAAAAAUUACAUCUAAUGGAUCUUAUUUCAUUGUGAGUUAAGACCGAUUCCCGAUUUCCUGGCAUUAGAAAAAUGGCUUCCCUCAGAAAUCCAAGUUCAGGUUGGCCUUUCACUAGUAAUCUGGCUGAUGGCAGCUUUGAUCUCCCUGUUGGGUUCAUUCUGCUACGUCGAACUCGGAACCUCGAUCAGGCUCAGUGGUGGUGAUUUCGCCUACUUGUGCUUUAUGAAAUGGUUCGUUCAAUAUUUCAUUUUUGGAAGUAGAUCUCAACUUCCAGGUACCCAGUCGCCUUCGCUUUCAUGUCCAUCGGCUGUACCAUCAACUAUCCAGCGACACUGGCCGUACAAUCUCAGACUUUUGCUGAAUACGUCAUGAGGGUUCGUUUUUUACAGUUUUAUGUUCGAGCCCGACUCCUGAAAGAAAAAAUUCAAGAGAAAAUUUGUUAUUUUUAGACGUCAAAAACGCAAUUUUGUUGCCGUGCAUUAAGAGAUUCCGCGAAAUUCAAAAUAGCCGCCAAAAAGCGAAAAAUAUAACUGAAUUUGAAUUUUGCCAAAAUAAAUUUUUAACGAGGCGUGUGCAAGGGCGCCGCAGUGCAUGCACACGGCACACGACACUUUACGAAACACAUAUGAGCCGGGCGGCGUAAAAAAAAAAACGCCGUGAUUGAAUAAUAUGCUGUGUUCAAAGUAAUUUCCACAAGAUGCAAAAUUAUCUCUGACUCUCCAAAGUUAUCUUUUUCGUUCUCUGACGGCUAUUUUGCAUAUUGCUGAAUAACUGUGAACACGCCAAUAGUUUUAAAAAGGAAAUUUUUAACUCAUUUAAAUUAUCACUCAAAGCAAAGGUUACAUAUAAAAAAACUUUUUUUCCAACUUUUGCUGAUUCCAUUUCCACAUAUUCUAAUUUACAAACUAAAAAUAAAGAAAUUCCUGCCUUUAUUUUUUUGCGCGUUCCGUGUAAAAUUGCGUCGCUGUGCAACUUGGUGUGUAUUAACCUCGAAAGAUUCAAAUUUUCUAAUUCAAACUUCUUUUUUUUUGUGUUUUGUAUUUCACUUGAGGUUUAUUAUUUCUUUUUAAUGAACCUGAAAAAAACUUUUCAGGGCGCCAACAUCACCCUCGAUGAUGACUCGGCCUUCUGGGCGAAAAAGCUUCUUGGUUUCGCAUUGAUUUGUGAGUUUAUCUCAAAGUUAACGGUAUAAAGGCCAAUUUUCAGUGCUGUUGAUGUUCAUGAACUACUUUUCACUGAAAACGUUCGUCCAGCGAUUUUCAAUUCUCGCCUCCCUGGCCAAAAUCGCAGCGACCCUGUUGAUCAUCGUGACCGGCUUCUACCUUCUCCUCUUCAAGUGUUUGGCUGAUUUCCAAGCUUUAUUCAUACGAUUUCAUGUUUCAGCUGAAUCGGAAAACCUUAAGAAACCAUUCAAAGGCUCGGAUUUCUCAGCGGGUCCGAUAGUUCGUGCACUUUUCGCCGGAUUGUUCUCUUACGAUGGCUGGGAUAUUUUGAAUUUUGGCGCCGAGGAGAUUGAGAAUCCGAAAAGGUUUGCUGGCUGAAUUUUCAAAAGUCCAGAUAGCAAAAAAUGAUAUGUAUUUUUCCAGAACCAUGCCCCUGUCGAUUUUGAUCGGAAUGUCCGGAAUCGCCAUCAUCUACCUGGCCGUCAACGUCGCCUACUUUGUCGUCCUCCCUUUGGAAGUUUUCAAGGAGUCUUCGGCUGUAGCAAUUGUGAGUUUAUGUUUUUUAUUUUUGAAGACAACGAGUUUUGACCUUAAUUUGUCUUUUUUUUAAGGAUUUUGCCGAUGCUUCACUCGGAAAAGCCGCAUUUGUCAUGCCAGUUAUGGUGGCAAUUCUACUCGUCGGCUCUUUGAACAGUACCAUGUUCUCGGCUAGCAGGUACACUUCGAUUUCGAAAAAAAAAGUCACGCCUAUUUUUUCUCCGUAGAGUGUCGUGUAUCGUGUGCAUACACUGCGCCGCCUUCGCGCAGAAAAUUGCGUUCAUGUGUAAAAAUUUCGAUUCGUCUCAAAGACCUCUGGCAAUAAGGCGGCCUGCGCCUUUAAUAUGCCCUGUUAUUUACGCUCCCGUUCUCUUGACGUCACGUGGGAACAGUGUAUAUUUUGGCUCCGCCCACCGUGUUUUUGGUUUCCUUCCUUUAACAAGAAUGCCGUGAUUUCAGAGUAGGAAAGAUAGAAGUUUGAACUCCCGCUAAAAGCUCGUUUCACAGUAAAGUUGCUCUAUGGACAAAUGUACUCAUAUCUUGGGUUUCUUUGGAAUAAACAGACGCCAUGAUAUAGUCUGAAACAUCGUUUUUUUUGCCGGAAAUUUAAAAAAGUAAAAUAAUUUUUUCAGAUACUUGCAAGCAGUCUCGCGCCAAGGACACCUUCCUUCCUUCAUUUCUGGAAUCGCGCCCCAUUGCGACUCGCCGCGAGCUGCUCUUUUUGUUCAUGUCCGUUGUUUGGAAAUAAUUUUAAUUCCUACUGAGGAGAUACUCAGUGGUCCCUAUAGGGGCCCUUGAACUUUCCCCUCAAGGGACUACCUUUCCUCCCCUUAAAAGGCCACUAAUACUUGCAAAAAUGGUCCCUGUAGGGGAUAUGUUAAUCGAAUAUUUUUUUAUAUUCCAUGAGAAAAUUCCAUGCGGAAAACCUGACAAAUUAGCGUGUAGGAAAAGCGAUCAAGUUUUUCUUUUUAAUUUUCAGAUCUGAAAAUAAGUUCAAAGAUCCCUUUAGGGACCACUUUAGUUAUAUGGGGCUUAGGGAUCAGAAUCUAAACCCCUAUAGGGACACUUACCAUUUACAUUGAAAAAUUAACGCUAUAUCAGAAGAUCGAGGAAAAAAAAAUGAGCCCUUUAGGGACCCCCUUGACUAUUUCACACAUGACGUCAUCCACGACGAUUUGAAACUGUCUGACCUGUCUGCGCUCUCUUUUCUCUCGCCGGAGAGGUUUUAGAAACAUGAAAAGAAAGAGAGAGCGCAGAAAGGUCAGACUGCCUCAAAAAUAAUAGAGUAUGGAUUUUCUUCUCAGGUACUCGUAUCCAUGGCCGUUUCAUUCAUGGGCGAUCCGGACGACUUGAUUAACUAUGUCGCGUUUGCCCAGUGGUCCCAACGUGCCUUCACGAUGUCCGCUUUGAUUUGGGUCCGAUUCCGGUGGGUUUUCCGAUUCACUGCGACAAAAUAAGGAAUUCCAGACUGCUCCCUAUAGGAGUUAGGAUGGAAAAUAGUCCCUAUAGGGGCUGAAAAAGAUGUCCCUGUAGGGAUGAAAUUAGCAUAGUUCCUAGAGGGGUUUAGGGUCCGACCCCUCAGCCCCAUAUAGCUCAAGUGGACCCUAUAGGGAUUAAAAAUGUUCAAUUGUUGAGUUGCUUCUUGGCUCAGAGUUCAUAGAAAUUAUCGACUAGCGUCCCCUAUAGGGGCCAAUAACUAAAAACUCUAAAGAGACCACUUUUGAAAGCUUUAGUGGCCUCUAAAGGGGUUGGUAAAGUGGUCCCUAAAAGGACUACUCUAGAGUUCCUAGGGAACAUUUUGUCUGAGUGUCUGCGUUCCCUAGAGACGCCAGAGUGGCCCCUAGAGGGGUUAGAGAAAUAAAAAGUGCCAGUAGGAGACAAAAUAGGGCCACCUAAAGGGCUAAAGUUAAGGGCUUAAGGAAACCCCUUUAGGGUCCUCUCUGCCGUUCUUAUCUCUCUCCUUCCUUUUUAGAAGAGAGAACAGGAGAGCGCAGGCAAGUCAUACUGCAAUUUUCACAUAGAAUUCGGCAAGUUGAAGUAUAUUCUGUUCAUGUUUUGUUUUUCAAGCUCCGCCCCUAAUGAUGUGAUUAACCAAUCAGAGAGCCAUUUCGAAUGACGUCAUUUUACUGAAAAUUGAGAUUAAGAAAAUCCUGUAGCUGAGGAGCCGUGUAACGAGAAAAAAUAGCAAAAGAGGUCAUAAUCGGAAGGGACCACUUGAGGGGACAGCAAUUCGUUUUCUUAUUCAAUCUUUGAAAAAAUCAUAGUUUUCCUAAAUCUUCACUGAUUUUUAUGGUUACCAUACCGUCUGGAAGCUCUUGUAAUGACCUUUCGAUGUUUUUAAAUUUCGCCCUCAUUAAUUGAAAUUUUUCCAGAAACCAGCCGCUUCACCCCGACCGGAUAAGACUGCCGAUCGUUUUCCCCAUUUUGUUCUUUCUCAUCUGUACAACUAUGGUUUUUUAAUCCAUUUUUUUGAUUCUGAGAAGUCAAUUUUCAGGUGGUGAUCAGUAUUUUAUCAGAUUUCAGCUCCUCGGCGGUUGGGCUAGGUAAAGUUUCCAUUGAAAAAAGGACAUUUUGACUUUUUUAUAGACGUUGUAACAUAUUUUCUGAUUUUUUUUUCAAAAGGAUUCAAAAAAUGACUUUUUUUUCGCAGAAAAGUACAAAAAUCGCGAGUUUUUAUCUAUAAUUACGAGCCAUCAAUUUCUUUUUUUCUAGGAAUUUUACUCGGUGGCCUGAUUAUAUUCUUUUAUUUUUUUGUCUGGGAACGAGCCUUGCCGUCCGUCAAGGCCUACGAGAACAUCUCCAAUACUAUUGAUGGUGGGCUCAUUUUUCAAUUUUUGAUUUUUUUUCACAAACUGAAACGCUUUGAAACCGUUUCCUAUGAUUCAAAACAAGGAAUAUUCUGAAGAAUGUAGUUCAAAAUUGCGCCCGACCUUAAGCGACUUUUCGAUUGGGAAAUCAGACUUUUUAAUUGUUCAUUCGAUGAAGAAUGACGUCAUUAAAAAUUGAAAGUAUUCGGAGGGAGGUUAUUUUUUCCUUGAGGCUCAACAGUUGCACGUGACCUAAACCGGCUUCUGUCUAUGCUGAGAGUUAUUAUUCGAAAGCGUUCGUAUUAUGAAGAGUCAUGCCGUUCAAGAAAGAAAGAUAACUUUCUUUGGGUGGACAAAAGUUGCGCCCGACCUUAGGCAACUUUUCGAUUUUAAAAUCAGACUUUUCAAUUGUCCAUUCGAUGAAGAAUGACGUCAUUCAAAACUGAAAGCAUUCUGAGAAAGGAAGUUUCUCUCUUGAGGGCCAACAGUUGCGCCCGACCUUGAGCGACUUGUUGUCAAUGCUGAGAGGUGCUAGAGAGCGGAAGUAGUCUCUGGUCUUGUGCACGAAAAACCAUGACCUCUUUUUUUGUAGUUGUAUAAGUCCUUUUUUUCCAGAAGAAACAACGAAAUUCAUCCAAAUAGUGCUCAACGUGAUGCCGGAACGGGUCGGCGACGAGGAAAUGAAACACGCGAUCGGCGAUGUCGACACGAAUGUCAAGAGCCAUAAGGUUGGUCAAAUAAACCUUCGUGUUUUAGGAUAUUUCCAAAAAUUGAUUUUUCGGAACUGUUUUUUUAUUCUCGGCUUGAAACGGGUAUCAGCGGUUCAUAAGCAAAGCAAUUUUGGCGCCAAUUUAAAAAUAAAGACUAAUGGAUUUUUAUGUAAUAUUAACGCUGAAAAAAACCUUGUAUAAAAAAAUAUAAAAUAGGGACACCAGUCACUUUCUCCAUGGAGCGUACUUGAUCCAACUUUCAGAAAUUAUUUUAAAUUCAGAAAUUAUUUUGAAUUUCGCGAAAAUUAAUUUUGAACACGGCGUGUGCGAGAACGCCGCAGUACAUGCACACAAAACACUACACCUUACGGGAAAAAAAAAUUCAUUAAAAAUGAUUUUUAAGGUAUCCCCAAGCGAAAUCGAUUUGACGUCACCAACUCGAACCACGUUUACCAGGUCAUCGUCACCAGCUCCCCCCGGCGACUUUGAUACCCACCUCUAG